UGUACAAUACAGUAGGAAGGAUAGACACUGAAUAAGCACAGAAAGUGAUAAAUAAAGACUUGCUUACAGUGUGAGAAGGGAGUGAGUGAGCAGGGAGAGAGAGGGACUGGAGCCAGAGUGCAGAGAGUGCAAGCUAGCUGACCUGAGGAUCUGCAGCCAGUAGGAUGUCAGUGACGGAAUCAGAGGAGUUUGAAGAGGAGCAGGGCCCUUUUUUAGGGGAAUAUGAAGGUGAACGGAAUGCGGAAAAUGAGAGACACGGUCAGGGGAAAGCCACACUGCCAAACGGUGACACAUAUGAAGGAGCCUAUGAGUAUGGCAAGCGGAAUGGAAUGGGAACAUACAGGUUUAAGAAUGGAGCACGUUAUGUAGGGGAGUAUAUGCAGAACAAGAAACACGGCAAUGGAACCUUCUAUUAUCCAGAUGGAUCUAGAUAUGAAGGAAACUGGGCACAUGAUCAGCGCCACGGAGACGGGACUUACUAUUAUCCGAAUGGUGAUACAUACAGUGGAGAAUGGCUCGCUCAUCAAAGGCAUGGCCAGGGAACCUACAUAUACGCCCUGACAGGUUCCAAAUAUGUGGGAACCUGGGUUCAUGGAAAGCAGGUCGAGGCUGGAGAGCUCAUUCACCUGAACCAUCGCUAUCAGGGCAAUUUCCUCAAUAACAAUCCUACAGGUCGAGGGAAAUACAUCUUUGACUUUGGCUGUGAGCAGCACGGUGAAUAUCUUCAGAUAGAACAGGACAAGGCUGAAGAAGAGAUGACAGAGGAAGAAGCCAUAACUGUAACCGUCCUGAAGUGGAAGCCAGAAAAGCUGUGUGGAUUGACACUGUAUUCUCCAACAUUCAAGGCAAAUGUAAAGACCGACCCAGCUGAUAUUGAUGAGCAGGUUGCUGAUAAUACAGAGGCCACUGAUGCCUCUGAAACUGACGCCCCUGUGACUGACGCCCCUGAUUCAGAUGCUGCUGAGACAGAUGCCCCUGAGACAGAUGCUCCUGAGACAGGUGCACCUGAGACAGGUGCUCCUGUGACCGAUGCUCCUGCAGCAGACGCCGCUGAGACAGAUGCUCCUGCAGCAGACGCCGCUGAGACAGAUGUUCCUGCAGCAGACGCCACUGAGACAGAUGCUUUUGAUACGGGUGCUCCUGGUAUAGAUGAUCCUGGUACAGAGACCCUUCUCAGUACAGCAGAAGAUGCUGAGGCUGAGAAAGAGGUGAUCGCAGAGUGA